AUGCCGUCACCGCCCGUCAAAGUGAUGCUCCCCGUCAACCCCGCCCUCCAAGACGACGACUCCAUGCUGACGCGCAAGUUCGGCCAGGAGGUCGUCAACUACUACUCAGGCACCCGCCUCAACCGCUACUCGUUCCUCCGCGCCGACGCUGCCUUUUUGCGCCGCGCCGCCCUCGCCCCGGCCGCCCGCUACGUCGCCCUCAACAACCUCGCCGCCGUCGUCGUCGACAAGUCCCAGCUGGCCACGUUUUCGUACGACGAUGUGAAGCCCCUUCUUGGCGCCGAGCCCCCCGUGGUGCUCGAGGAGAAGACCGUCGUGGCCCAGUUUGACUCGACCAAGGCCACGCCCCUCGUCGUGUUUCUGGGACUGGUGGAGGGUGCGAUUGGCGGCGCAGCGGACGAGGACCACAAGACGGUUGAGAUUGAGUCGACAAGUCAUGGAAACGUGAAGGCGCAGCCGUACUUUGCCGUCGACGUCACCCCGCGCGAUUCAUACAAGGAGGCGGCCGAGGAGUUCCAAAAAACGUUUGAGGCGCGAGGCUUCUCUAUCGAGAACAACCCGAGGGCCAUGGCGCUUCUCCCUGAGCACGGUACGACAUACUACACCGCCCCGCGAACUUUGACUAACGUGCCUGUCCCCCCAGCCUCCAUAUUUGCCCAGGCCCGAUCCAUGAUUGACUGGAACACGCGCAACCGCUUCUGCGCCGGCUGCGGUUCCCGCAACCUCUCCAUCCAGGGCGGCUACAAGCGCGUAUGCCCGUCCGCCGACCUCGCCGGCAGCUCCGACGGCAGCACGCCCGUACCCCGUGACGACUGCCCAACCCGCCACGGCGUGUCCAACAUCUGCUUCCCGCGCACCGACCCGACCAUGAUUGCCGCCGUGGUGUCCGCCGACGGCCGCCGCGUGCUGCUCGGCCGCCAGGCCGCCUGGCCCACCGACUGGUACUCAACCCUCGCCGGCUUCCUCGAGCCCGGCGAGUCCAUGGAGGAGACGGUCCGCCGCGAGGUCUGGGAGGAGAGCGGCGUCCGCGUCGGCCGCGUCGUCAUCCACUCCACCCAGCCCUGGCCCUACCCCUCGAGCCUCAUGAUUGGCGCCGUCGGCCAGGCCCUCCCCGGCGGCGAAGACAUCACCCUUCACGACCAGGAGCUCGAGAGCGCCCGCUGGUUCACGCUCGAGGAGGUGCACGUCGCGCUCGCGAGGGGCGGGAGUGCGCUUGGGGGCCCGACGCCCCCAGCGUACAAGGCCGGCGACUUGCGCGUGCCCCCGCCGCAGGCCAUUGCCCACCAGCUGAUGAAGGCCGUCGUCGAGGGCAAGUAUACCGGCGCGUCCAAGAUUUGA